GCCGCGAGAUCCGUCGAGCUCUCGACCGGGCGUGUAGGCGGGAGGAAAGCCGCGGAAGGUCCGCACCAGACUGCAGGCACCGCGUCCUCAGGCUCCCCCCUUACCCCCCUGCUUGGACCACAGGGACCCGAGGCCACUGGCCUGGCGGCGGGACGCGGUGCUUUGCCUUUCUUCCGGGUGUCUCCCAGCUGGCCACUUCAGUUGUAGUAGAAAAGUCAGCGUCUGGGUAGUUGCUCUUUUUGAGGCUGGAUUUGUUAAGUAGAGUUACUGAUGCAGCGUUUCUACACGUGUUCUUCUUUAUGGUAGCGGGUUUUUUGUUUGUUUGCUUUUCGAGACAGGGUUUCUCUGUACCUUUGGAACCUGUCCUGGAACUCGCUCUAUAGUCCAGGUUGGCCUCGAACUCCCAGAGAUCUGCCUGCCCCUCGGGAGGCAGAGGCAGGUGAAUCUCUGAAUUUGAAACCAGAACGAGUUCCAUGACAGGGCUACUCAAAGAGAAACCCCAUCUGAGGCAGGGGAUGAGGACAACGAACAAAAAGAUCUGUUUAUUACGAGCUGAUUAUGGAAGAUUCCCAUAAGAGUAAUACUCCAGAGACUGCACCUCAGCCUGGCUCAACAGUUCAGGGGACUCAUAUUUCUCAGAUAGUCCAUCAGGUGUCAUCUUUGUCAGAAAGUGAGGAGUCUCAGGACUCAUCUGACAGCAUAGGCUCCUCACAGAAAGCUCACGGGAUCCUGGCCCGGCGUCCGUCUUACAGAAAAAUUUUGAAAGACCUCUCUUCUGAAGAUAUACGGGCCAGAAAAGGAGACGUAGAAAAUCCUGGCAUUUCUGCUGUCACUUCUAUGUCUGUUCCAACCCCCAUCUAUCAGACCAGCAGCGGACAGUACAUUGCCAUUGCCCCCAACGGAGCCUUACAGUUGGCCAGUCCAGGCACAGAUGGAGUCCAGGGACUGCAGACAUUAACCAUGACAAAUUCAGGCAAUACUCAACAUGGUACAAUCCUCCAGUAUGCGCAGACUUCUGAUGGACAGCAAAUCCUCGUCCCGAGCAACCAGGUGGUUGUGCAGACUGCAUCAGGAGAUAUGCAGACCUAUCAGAUCCGUACCACACCGUCUGCCACUUCACUGCCACAAACUGUGGUGAUGACGUCUCCUGUGACUCUUACAUCUCAGACAACAAAGACAGACGACCCCCAACUGAAAAGGGAAAUACGGCUGAUGAAGAACAGAGAAGCUGCCCGAGAGUGCCGCAGGAAGAAGAAAGAGUACGUGAAAUGCCUGGAGAACCGUGUGGCCGUUCUGGAAAAUCAAAAUAAAACUCUAAUAGAAGAGCUAAAAACUCUUAAGGAUCUAUAUUCUCAUAAAAGUGUUUGAUUCUUAAAAGAGAGAGUAUUUUUAUGGACUUGCUUAAAAAUUAGGUGGAUUUUUUUAAAGUGGAGUUUUAUAAAUUCAAAGGUCAAAGAAGCUACUUUGUACAUUAGAUUUUUACAAUGCAAAGGUGACAGGGGAAGUGGGAAUGACCAUAUCGAAGCUGCUGACGAAACUGGAAGCGCAGGGAGGAAAGUGCUCAAGGAAAUGGACUCCAGCAACUUAAGCAACAGCCUAACCAAAGUGGCAGACAGCAUUGGAAAAGCAAUCAGUUCCCACUGAGUUUAUAUCUCUUACAUUUCCUAAGAUUGCCUGUGUGUGUGUGUGUGUGUGUGUGUGUGUGUGUGUGUGUGUGUGUGUGUGUGUCUGUCCCAUGUGCGCACGCGCCUGCCAAUAAAUUCUAAAUUACAAAUGUAAAAGAAAGCGUAAUACAUUACUAAGUAUGUAAAUUAUGUGGUCUGAUUGUUCCUUGUCAUGUUGUCAGGUGUGUUAAAUGAGUUGUAACAGUUGGUUUUGUUGGACUUGAGGGAUUUUGAGACGUUCUAAACAGGCACAGGGCACACAAUCUGAGUAUGGUGAUUUGUAACAUUUUUAUCAGAAUGGAAAGAGAAUUGUCCUGAAGAUUUGACAGUUUAUUUUUGCUUCCAGAAGGUAAGGGCAGUUUCUCACAAGGAUAUAAUAAUUUGUUUGAUUCUCUAACCCUGUAUGCAGUUGAAGAGCAUUGCUUGUGCUUUAACAGAAUGAAGUGUUUACAGAAGCCCUUAAGAUAAUUUAAAUAACCUGAAGAUGCAUACCAAAGCUUCCCAGAGGAUUGAUAAUCAUCUUCCUGUAGGUUUGUCAGGUUCUAAAAUAGUUACUGAGGCAAUUUUACAUUGAGUCUAUUUUGUAAUGUAGUCAAUGGUACCUUUAUAGGAGAAGCGACUGCCGAUAUAUUUUUAUAGUGAAUCUUUAUAAAUUCUAAUGUUGAGUUUUUAAUGAUUAUUUUAAAUGUUUAUAUAGUUUGUUUAGUAAAAAAAAUUUGUAUCUCAAUCUAUCAUUUUUAUAUUAUGAGAAGAGUAAAGUUUUGAAUUGGCUGAUAUUUGAACUGUACUUUUUCUAUGAAGUUUAUCUUCAAGCUAUGGUCAGUGCACCAGUGUUUAACGUCUGUAUUCUAAUCUGUAUUGACUUUGAAACUGUACUGCAAAACUGUUGUGUGCCUAUAUAGUAUGUUUCAUAUUGUCUAUGAAAUUAAAGAACAUUUGAUAAGA